AUGACAUCAAAUGAGGAAAUCACUGGCGGCGGAACGGCUCCUCGAAAUCAUGGUGGUGGACCAAAAGUGAAAAAAAGUACAGUAGGCGAUGCGACGUCCACAACUGGAAGCACAGGAAAAUCAUCGAAAUCCGGCAGAUCGCCACGAAAAUCCAUGCCGUUUGUGUCGUCGAAAUUCUGGCUUCGACUGGUCCGGCCAUGGAAAUGGCGGAAUUUGAGACGAAAAGUUCGAAGAAGUGACAGCGACCGUUCGUCAUCUGUGAAUCGUGUGAAUUCGGUGUCCAACAUCCCGACGACGUCGCCAUCGCUUCCAGAACUAUCGUCAAUUGUCAGCAAUAACAGCAGAGAGCAGGAUUUGGCGACGGCAGAGAUUCAAAACUCGGAAGCGAUCACCUAUCGACCUGCCUGCUGCACCGUCACCUCCUCCGCCUCAACUGCUGAUCACGCUGAAAGCAAUUCAUCCCAACCCCAACCACUGAUCGUCGACCCAAAUCACAUUUCCAUCGUUCGCACACGUCUCCAGGAGCCUCCAACGUCAGAAACAACGUCUUCAGAAGGACCACAACGUGUCCAGUUCGUUCAACAAUCCUCCUCCACGUCAUUAUCAGAUCGUCAUCAGAUCUUUAAACCGAGAUUCACAGCUCCACCACCGCCACCAUCGCUCGUCAUUCAACCACCUUCAGCCGACGACGACGACGACAAUCGAGAUUCAGAUGAGGAGAAUAUAAACUACGAUCAGAGUACGGAGAGCGAAGGAGACGAGUCCACAGAAGACAUGCGUGCUUCGACGGCGACGACGACGACGACGUCAUCUGUUGGAAGACGUGGAGAGUUGAGUCCGCAGACGUCGCGAAUGCUGAAGGAGGGCUAUCGGAGAAUCGAGGCGAAGGAGCCGAACUUCGAUGCGCAGCCUGAUAAGCCGGUGCUGAGAAGGCCCGGGCAACCGUCGAGGCUGAGGUUGAAUGCGAAGAAUGGUCGCAACUCUCGUGACGUCGAACCAUCCUCGUCACAGCCACCACUUCCAUCGAAGCUCACCGACGACAGCGACAGCGAUGCUCCGAUUCAAUAUCGAGACGAUCCCAUCUCCCUAGCCGCAGCCGCUGCUCGCCGAGCUGCCAACGUGGCACCAUCCGGAUCUUCAUCGAAUGAAGAUGAUGACGACGAGGAAGAAGACGUGCCGAUUCAGAAGACGGGUCUAGCGUCGAAGGUAGCUCGACGGGAUACGAUUGCACUGAAGCUCGACGCGCCGCCAUGCAAGGAUGACAUCAACGGACAGACGGCGGACGAUCGGAAGAAGUUGAUGAAGACGGCGUCGAUCAAAUUGGCACGAAAACUAAGCGAACGUCCGACGCCCGAAGAGCUCGAAGACCGCAACAUCCUCCGACGUAAUCGCGGCGGUCUGACGUCGUCUGAAGCGAUGGAAGAGAAACGAAAACUGCUACUCCGAAAACUGUCGUUCCGACCGACAAUCGUUCAGCUCAAAGAGCAACAAAUCAUUCAGUUCAACGACUACGUCGAAGUCACCCAAGCCGAGGUCUACGAUCGGAAGGGCGAGAAGCCGUGGACGCGGCUGACGCCGUCGGACAAGGCCAUGAUUCGGAAGGAGUUGAAUGAUUUCAAGGCGACCGAGAUGGACGUGCAUGAGGAGAGUCGCGUGUUUACGAGGCCAUGGCCUAGAUUUUUUAAACCAUCACCUUGA